GCGGUCGGGCACGGUGAGGGCCCUGGGUCUGGUCGUUGCUUCACCCGAUCUCGGAGCCGCCCGAUGGGGGACGAGCGCGCUGGGGGCCGCGGGGCUCUGCGGUUGUGGGCCCAUGUCCGGAGCCGGCUACGGUCCCAGCCGCGACCCCUGACUGAAAUCCCCGGGCCCGGCCGCGACUUCAGCCCCAGCCCCGGGCCAUGCUAUGCCUGAAGGGCCCUUAGGUUUUCUUCUUUGAAAAAUGGGACCAGGGAGCGCCUACCUCACUGGGUUAUGGUGAAGAUUUUGAUGCUUGUAAAACGGUUUGGCAUGAGAAAUAAUCGAAGGUACCAACAUACAACUCUGCAUCAGGCGCUGGACUAAGUACUUCAACUCACUGAGUUUUGACAGCGGCCCUAUCAGGUUGAUACUUUUAUAAACCCUCUUUAUAGAUGAGAGAACUGAAGCUCAGAGAGAAAUGCUUUGCCAAAAGUCGAAACGCUAGCAAGCAGAGUCGGGAUCCAAGCACUAUGCCCUAAGCCAGUGGGGUUUAUAAUUACUCCUGACACCAAGAACUAGAGAUUUCUAUACAUUCAUCCUGUAGCCCCACCUGUGCCAGUCACUGUGGUGGUAAAACCCCUGUGAGAGCCCCAGCUCCUGAAAAUGGGGUACCCUGCAAACAUUUCCCAGUGUCUUACUUUAUUCACAGCAACCCCAGAAAGUCCUGUCACCAUCAUAGACUCUUUACAGACUGGGGCAGUCAAGAGCAGAGCCAGAAGACCGGGGAGGAGGCAGCUGCGCUGGUCCAGACAAACACCGCUCUUUGGAGGAUCGUCUAAGCUGCCGACAUCACACACAGCCCACAGCAUCUUCUCCGGGAAGCCGUGGCCCCUCCACCAGACUCCCCGGGAGGGCAGGACUGGGCAGGGGGUUGACACUGCACAAUCCGUGUCUCAUCUUUUCAGAUCAGCCGUGUUGAGGGCGAGGACCAGUAGGCAGCUGCCAAGAUGGGUGAAAGGAAAGGUGUAAACAAGUACUACCCUCCGGAUUUCAAUCCUGAAAAGCAUGGCUCCCUGAACCAGUACCACAGCAGCCACCCGCUGCGGGAGCGGGCUCGGAAGCUGUCCCAGGGCAUCCUCAUCAUCAGGUUUGAGAUGCCCUAUAACAUCUGGUGUGAUGGCUGCAAGAACCACAUCGGCAUGGGUGUUCGCUACAAUGCAGAAAAGAAGAAGGUUGGCAAUUACUACACAACCCCAAUCUACAGGUUCCGGAUGAAAUGUCAUCUCUGUGUCAACUACAUCGAGAUGCAGACGGACCCGGCCAACUGUGACUACGUGAUUGUGAGCGGCGCCCAGCGCAAGGAGGAGCGCUGGGACAUGGUGGACAAUGAGCAGGUGCUGACGACAGAGCACGAGAAGAAGCAGAAGCUGGAGACGGAUGCCAUGUUCCGCCUGGAGCACGGCGAGGCUGACCGGAGCACACUCAAGAAGGCCCUUCCCACCCUGAGCCACAUCCAGGAGGCCCAGAGCGCCUGGAAGGAUGACUUCGCGCUCAACAGCAUGCUGCGGAAGAGGUUCCGGGAAAAGAAAAAAGCCAUGCAGGAAGAAGAAGAGAGGGACCAGGCGCUGCAGGCUAAGGCGAGCCUGGCCAUCCCACUGGUGCCCGAGACAGAGGACGACCGCAGGCUGGCCGCCCUGCUCAAGUUCCACACCCUGGACUCCUACGAGGACAAGCAGAAACUCAAGCGGACAGAGAUCAUCAGCCGCUCCUGGUUCCCCUCCACCCCGGGACCCACCACCAGCAGCAGCAAAGCCGGCAGCGUCCUGAAGAAGCUGGCCCAGAACCGCAGAUCAGCACUCGUCUGCUCUCCCAUCACUGUAGGAGACCUGGGCAUCGUGCGACGGCGGUCCCGGGAGGUCUCAGAGAGCCCCCAGCACACAGCGGAGACCCCCAAGCCUGGGGAAACAUGGGUGCCAGAGGGGAACACCCAGGACGGGCCCACAUGCCCCCAAGACUGCUCUCCAGAGACAGCCGAGACCCCCAAGAGCAGGGGGCCUCGGGGGCAGGAAGGGAAGUGUCAGGACAGGCCCCAGUCCCCACCAGGCUCCUCUCAGGAGGCAGCCACCCCCCAGGACACACCACACCCGUGCACCCUCAGCUCCUCUCUUGUGGCUGAUUACUCCGACUCCGAGAGCGAGUGAGCAGUUCUGGGGACCGCACCUGCUCCAGAGGCUGCGACGGGCCCAGGAGGCCCCUCAGACUGCAGCCCUGCUUGCCCACCAGCCCUUGGAGAGCUCAGACGCUGCCCCUCCCCAGACCUCGCCUUCCCGCAGCAGGGAAGAUAUUUAUUUGGUCCUGGAGAGGGUGUUUGUGCCUUGUGGGACAACAUCCCAACAUUAAAGCGCUGCUUCUUUG